AUGUCGGCGACUGUUGAUGCCGAUGCAGUAUCACCAACUACCACUUUACUCUCUACUGCAACCAGUAAUCAAAACCAAGCACAUCAUUGGCUACAGAACAACGACGGAUUAGCCCUUUGGUUCGUCCUUCUUGUCAACAACGAACAAGCUCUUGAACCCGCUCUCACACGAGACUUGUACACAAUCUGGACAUAUGGCACGCCACUGCGCGCCACAUCCCUGUUGUCAGAGGCUGUGCCGAUCCAUCCAGAUACCCGCAAGGCUUGGCAUCUGCAAUGCUUACUUCCGCUUAGCCAGUUCAAGUUACUGGUCAACGUUGGGGGUUUUCCAGCAGACCAGGUCCUCAGCUUAUCCCUUCCUGAAGCCAGUCAGAACGGCCUUAGCACUGGCUGUGGAUCCUCGUAUGGCACUUUAGCUUGA